GCUUACUAUCUUCAGUCUGCAUCGCUUGUAGUUAGUUGCUCAUUCUGGUGUUUCGUGUGUUUGUCAUUUGAUUCGCGCUUGAGUCACAACAACUUGCAUUUCAUAUAUAUCAUUUAUUGCGCAAUAUACUUAUAUUGCACAAUAUCGCACCAUUUUUUUUAUCUGUACACGACUUAUAUCGGCACAGAUAAAUAACAAACCGUUGAUCUCACAUCUUGCAGUCUACGGUUGCCUAGUUAAGGCUUUCAAAAUUGGCUUAUUUCCUGCAAAAAAGGGAAAAAGCCAACAACACCGACUCAGGUCAGAGUGAAAACCUGGACCAGAGUGAUGAAGUCCCACCUGUGGAGAGUUGGCCUGAUGAUGGUCAGACUUCUCAGGAUAUCACCAGUGACCAUGAAGUCCUUCCUACUGCAGAGGAACCCAUCACUGGUGAUCCUGAAGUCAACAAUGAAUGGAGUCAAGACCCAUCAUUGGAGGAGCCCAUCAGUGGUGACCCCCAAAUCGAUGAUGAUUGGAGUGACGACGUCUUCUAAGUUUUAGUCGGUGAUUUGUCCGAAUGGAGUGCCGACGUCCUCCAAACUCUUAACGCUGUCAUAUGCAAAUUUAAUGAUGACUCCUUCCAAACUCCUGCCCAUGUUGCACCUGACAUGAGUGAUGACGUCGCCGAAGCUUCAGACAGACUAGCUGAGGACACUGUGGCAUCUCAGUUGAGCUAGCAGCGGGAUAAUGAGAAAACAAUUAUGGAAAUCAAUUCUUGCUGCUAUGAAAUCGGCGAUCAACUGGGUAAAGGAGGCUUUGGAACGGUUUUUGCUGCGACGCGUUUGGAGGAUAACCGUCAGGUGGCGGUGAAAUUUGCUUCCAACGAGUAUGCAAAAUAUGCCCGCAUUGACGGUUAUUUCAGACUCAUUCCGCUCGAGGUCGCUCUGCACAUGUAUGCAAAUCAAGGGCCCAGGGUUCCUCAGAUCGUCGAGCUUCUAGACUGGAAGGAUGAGGAUGACCAUUACAUUAUGGUCCUAGAGCGGCCUGUGCCCUGUCAGCCCUUGUAUGAAUUUUUACAGAGCUACACGAGCACCAUGGAUGAGAAGUUGGCACGGAUAAUUAUGGGGGAGGUAGCAUUCGCUGCUCAAAUAUGCUGCCAGCGUGGAGUGUUACACCGAGACAUUAAGCUUGAAAAUCUGCUUAUUAACCCAGACACCCUAGAGGUCAAACUGGUUGACUUUGGGUGUGGUGAUUUCCUCACCAGCGCGGGUUACACGUCCUUUGCUGGCACAGAAAAGUACUGCCCCCCCGAAUAUGAGAUGUACGGCGUGUAUCACGGGGAACCAGCGACAGUGUGGUCCCUCGGGAUACUCCUGUUCUUAAUACUUUUCUGGAAAUUUCCAAGCAGACGAGACCUGCGUAUGAUCACUAAGAACAUCUGGGAAAAUGAUGGCUUGUCACAAGAAUGCUGUGAUUUUAUUCGCUGCUGUCUCCAGAGCAACCCAAGGAAACAGAUUGAACUGGAGAAAAUCGGUCUCCACAACUGGUUUAACGACGUGGAGUAAUGAGGAAAGGGAAAAAUAAAAUAAUGUCAUUCAAAUGACGGGAAGCUCUGCAACGACCAUGUCAGGAACUUGAUGCUGCCCCCAAGUUCCCAGAGUUUAAUUUAGAAAAAGGGCAGGCCAAGGAUGGUUGAGCCACCUGUCAUCCUGCCAUUUCAUUGGCUCUUGCCUGCAACAAGAUCCACAGCAGGGGCUUCAUCUGGAAUGUAUACAUACACGGCAGCAGCUAUCACCCUGUAGCCCAAGACUGGUUGCCGACUAAAGCUAAGCAGGGUUGAGCCUUGGUCAGCACCUGGAUGGGAGACCUCCUGGGAAAAAUGUGUUGCUGCUGGAAGAGGUGUUAGUGUCCUGCAGCAGGGGGUGCUCACACUGUGGUCUGUGUGGAUCCUAAUGCCCCAUUAUAGUGAUGGGGACACUAUACUGUCAAAAAAGCAGAGUUCCUGACUCUCUGUGGUCAUUAAAUUCCCAGGAUGUCCUUCGAAAAGAGUAGGGGUGUAACCCCGGCAUCCUGGCCAAAUUUGUCCAUUGGCUUCUAUCCAUGAUCAUGGCCUUCUAAUCAUCCCCGUACAGUAUACUGUAUAUAUGUAUAUACUGAUUGGCUAUAUAAAUUCACUCCCAGAAUUAUAAAAUAUAUAUAUAAAUUAUAAUAUAUAUAUAUAUUUAUAUAUAUUUAUUUAUUUAUUCAUAAAAAAAUAAAAAAAGAUGCUUGAAUUUAAAUGAUAUUCUCUACGACAGUAUAAUUUAUAACUGCUGAAAGAAAAGUGUUUUGCUGGAUCAUUAAAUGUAUACUCUCCCAGAAGAAACAGAUGAAUAAAGAUGUAGUAACAAAGACAAGGAACAGUAAUAAAGAUGACAUGAAUUCAGAGGUCAGUGGGAGAUAAAGGGACUGACAUUUAAGAGUAUCUACACACAAAAAAACAAAUCUUUUUGAAAUGUAGUUUUAAACACACAUGCCAAUUUUAUAGAAACAAACUUUUAAAUUCACAAUUUCCAAAAAAUGUUUUGAAAAAUGUACAAAAAGUUUGAACGUUUCUAAAAUCAAACAUUUCAAUUUUUAAAAUAAUAAGA